CGAUGGCCGACUCGAAGGCGCUGGACCAAGUCAACUCGGACCUCAACAACGUGCUGGGCCGCAUGGACGCCGUAGAGAAGCGACUGGCGGCCGAGGCCAAGCAAGUGGACGGACCCGUGGGCGGCGCCGACCUGCGGGAGUACCAGACGCAGCUGCUGCUCAAGCUGCGCGCCAUUAGAGACACGAUGCAGAAGGAGGGGUCGUCCCUGGAGCAGCUGCGCAAGGAGCGCGACGAGGCCCGCAGCGAGCGCGACGCCCUCAAGAAGCAGGUGGACAAGCUCAACUACCGCGUGCACCACCUCAAACAGCACGUGCCCGUGCCGUCGCCCGCCGACAUGCAGCUCUAA